CCCAUCUAAGCAUCUCGGAAUCGUGUUGUUUUGGAUGAAAUAAUAAGACACGCACUUCGAAUGCUCCGGGUUGUGCACUUACGAUAGCGAUAUGGCUGGCUUCCACAUUGCACCACGCUUGUCGAGAUGCCGCUCUCGAAUUCUUCCCGGCUUUCUGCAAAGACUGUUUCAUUGCCCAGAAGGCCCGUUGCAACCAUUGGAAGGUCCUGACUACGAAGAAUUCUACCGCUAUACCAGCGGUCGCUGGCUCUGGGACGAGGAAGCUCGCCUCCAAGAACGAUACAAGAAGUUCAAUGUACCAGGCUUAAAACACCUCGCGGUGAAAGCCAGUGGUGCACAGUCAUGUCUCAGCAUCACGAAGCUCGCUGAGGGAGGCUUCAAUAAGGUCUUCCGGCUUGCAAUGGACAAUGGCUCCGUGGUGAUUGCAAGGAUUCCGUUUCCUAACAUUGGCUCGGCGGCAUCUCAAGUGAUUGCAUCGGAAGUCGCUACCAUGAAUUUUGUCCAGAAUGUCAUCGGCAUUCCAGUGCCGAAGGUUCUGGACUGGGAUGAUGGAAUCUCCAAUAGUGCAGAAUCUGAGUACAUCUUGAUGGAAGAAGCGAAGGGUACACGACUAGAUGAGCUGUGGACUGACAUGAGAAUUGAUGAUAAGUGGAAGAUCGUCGCUGAAGUGGUGGCGAUGCAGAAGAAAUUGCAGUCUGCAAUCUUUUCAAGAUGUGGCAACCUCUACUUCAAGUCGGAUGCUAUAGAAGGCUGUCUGGACAUUGAACUUACUGGCCAAUUGUCAGAUGCGGCCAGGGCAUACGCAGAAGAGCGAUUUGCAAUUGGGCCUGCCGCUGAACAGUCGUUUUGGCAACCAGAAUUAGCAUCAGCUCUUUUUGAUCGCGGACCUUGGCCUGACGCGCAAACUUACCUUCGUGCCCUUUCGCAAAGGGAGCGAUCAAAGACGACCUCAGCGAAAAUCACUCAAGCCUCUGAUGGAGAUCCUCUUCACCUCUUAGACUCCUCUGAAGCUCGUCUUGAACUCCUCGACAAGUUCGAUGCAGUCAUUCCUUACAUUCCACCAAACGACCCUAGCUUAGAUGUGGCUACACUGUCCCAUUGGGAUUUGCGAACUCCAAACAUCUUUGUCAAUAACGGGCAAAUCACAUCCGUGAUUGACUGGCAGGACUGCUGGGUGGGACCGCUUUUCAUGCAGGAAAGACGCCCCCAGCUUGUUGAAUACUAUGGGGAGAUGAUGUUGCGGCUGCCCGACUACUACGAAGGAAUGGAAGACAAGCAAGAAAAAGCAAAGGUAACUGACAAAGUCGAAAGAUCGUUAUUGUAUUGGUACUAUACCCGAAAGACCACAACCGACAAUCCGACUCUUCUGAGACUGUUCGAUUUACCCUUGGCGCGCACACGAAGAGAGUUGGUACUUUUUGCUUCAGAUGUCUGGGAAGGGGAGACGAUUCCCUUGCGAGAGUUGUUAUACAAGCUGCAACAACACUGGGAAGAGCUACAAACGGGAGUUCCAUGUCCUAUCCGGUUCAGUAGCGAGGAAAUUGACGCACAUGACCGUGUCUCAGCUGACUGGAACAAAAAGGCCGACUUCUGGACGUCGUUGGAAGGAUUUGUGGGCCGAGACGGGUAUACUGCGAAUGAAGACUAUGACAGAGGUCGCACGUUCUUUCAAGAAUUGCUGGAGGAAGGUCUGCCUCACUUGAGUCGCAGCGAGCAGGAAGAGUUUGCAGAAUUGGUUCCGUGGGCGAAGAAGUAAUCGGAUUGAGGCUGCGCGCGAGAGACAGCCUCGGCGUGAAUUUGUACUGUUGACGAUUUCUCAGCGCAGGAAUGGUUUGAGGCAUGCUGAUGUCUGGACGAUAGCCUGGAUAUACAAUGUUGCCCUACAAGCACCUGGUAACUCGUUAUAGCAUAUUAUCAAGUUUAUGUGUUUCAAUGUCAGAUUCACACGCUAUAUACAGCUAAAGC